CAAAAUUCUUACCAAAUCGUAGAUAGUUAAUAUUAAUUUCGCCCCAAAAUCCAGUAGCCCUUGCCCUAAUUUAACCCGGAUACCCAAGUCAAAAUCUCACAGUUACCUCUGCUCCAACUAUCUAAAAUCCCCACCUUGAGAUUCAUCAAAUCUACACACAGAAUCCAGCUUAGAUUUCAUUAUCCAGAACCAUAGUUUGCUAAGAUCUGCAAAUCGCAAUGGAGUAACACUGAGUCCAAGUUCUUGAAGAUUCUUGUUCAAAUGGCGAAUCCCAGUAAAGGCAAGUUGUUUUUGCUUUGUUUUCUAUUAAUUUUUGCUUAUUUCCCUUAUAGUAAAAUUCUGGUCAGCUCAGUCCAACACGACCAGCAAUAUGAGCCUGAGAACACUGUAAGUCAAACUGAACUUAGUUUCAGUCAACAGGAUUUGCUUUUACAUAGACUUGAAGCGGUAGUGAGAAACCUUAGUGAAAUAGUUUCGAAACUAGAAUAUAAAUUAUCGGAAGUUUCAUGUCUUGAUGAGAAGCAGAGUCUGGAGAGUUUAAGAUUAGCUCUUCGAGAAAAAAAUAUUAUUAGUCAAAGAAAAUAUGAUGAUCGAAGAUCAUGUAAAGAUGUUAAUGAAGAGGAUAAGAUUCGAAAUGAAGGUAGAGCGAAAGCAGUUUCAGUCACAAAGUACAGUCCAAUUUGGUCUGAGAGGUUUCAGUUUGUUUCAGCUGUGGAAUUGGAAUCUGAUCCUACUUGUAUUAACAUCUUGCCAUUUCGUGAUUAUGAAGGUCAUAGCAAAUAUAUUGCUGUUGGCGAUGAUAAAGGGAGGCUUUAUGUGUUUAUGAGAAAUGGGGAUAUCUCAGUUGAAUUUUAUACCAUGUGUGAUUCACCUGUUACUGCCAUUCUCUCGUAUUUGUCAGUUUAUAAGAAUGAGAGUGUCGUAGUCACAGGGCAUCAAAAUGGUAUGAUCUUGAUCCAUAGGGUUUAUGAGAGAUCAAAUGGAGAAGAUUGGAGUUCGCCUGUAAUGGAAAAUGUUGGUAAAUUUGUGACGGCUGAAAAUGGAGGGGAGAGUUUGGCUAUAACUUUAUUGGAAGUGCAUCAUGUUGGGAGAAUGAGGUAUAUAUUGUCCACAGAUUUUAGUGGAAAGAUUAUGGUGUUCAAAGAAAAUGGAAUGAUUUAUGGUUCUGCUAUGCCAACGAGAAAGCCUCUUGUGUUCUUGAAGCAGAGACUUCUAUUUCUCACAGAGAUUGGUGCAGGAUCAUUGGAUUUGAGAACCAUGAAAGUUCGGGAAUCUGAAUGUGAAGGGUUAAAUGAUUCUCUUGCACAAAAUUAUGUUUUUGACGCUACAGAGAGGUCAAAAGCUUAUGGAUUUACAUCAGAUGGGGAUAUCAUUCAUGUAUUGCUUUUGGGGGAUGUGAUGAACUUCAAAUGCAGGGUUAGAUCCAAGAGAAAGUUUGACAUGGUUAAGCCGCAUGCUUUUCAAGCAAUUAAGGGUUAUUUACUUGCUGUUAAUGAAGAAAAAGUUCUUGUGUAUAAUGUUUCAACUCAGCUGUAUGUGAGGAGUGGUGGGCCUCGACUUCUUUUCUCAGCUGGUUUGGAUGAAAUCAGAUCAUCAUUUCUGAAUUAUCAAUCAAUGGAUGUAGAUGUGGAUGCUGAGAGAACACGGGCAAUACCUUUAAUAGCUAGUGACCGUGAGAAGCUUCUUGUUCUCGGCCUUGGAGGUGGGUAUGUGGGAGUUUAUCGCUCUAAACUUCCAGUUUUCAAGGGAGAAUCCAAUGCAAUCCAGUGGACAAGCCCUGUGUUCUUCUUUAUACUUUUCUUGUUUGGAGCGUGGCACUUUUUUGCUAAGAAGAAAGAAGCGCUCACUUCAUGGGGACCCGAUGACCCUUUUGCAUCUGCAUUCCCCAGGGCUGGAGCACCAAUAGUGUCGAGCUCUGCAGACAGAUCAUUUGUAGAUUCUUCUUCAAGAAGUGCUGAUAUAAUGGAUUUGAGGAGCAGUGGUCUGAGGGGGCCAUCAAGGAGAUAUCCCUCUCCAUCACAGUAUCCUGGGGGAUCGACAAGUUCCUACAGGCCAAGUUCUGCUGAUCCCAACCCUAGGCCUCCUGUCGAUCCCAAUUAUAGAUCAGGUUCAGAUCUGAAGUACAGGGGCUCAACCCUAGAACCUGCAGGUUUUUCUAAUAGAUGAGAGACUCUAUAUGUAAACAAUCAAGAUGUGGAUGGUAGCAAUUGAUGACUUGUGAAAUCAAUUGCUUUGAACCUUUUAUGGUAAGAUUUCUCUAACAUUUACUCCCAUGAAUCAAGAGUUCGUUUUACA